AUGGCUCCAGUUCGAUCAACGGCGCUCUCGCGUGACACAAACGAGACGAGCAUUCAACUUGCGAUCAAUCUUGAUGGAGGAGAAUUUCCAGCAGAUACCGAUAAGAAAUUAUUGGGUGAUGAGGAGGGACACGCUUCACAGGUAUCAAAAUCGCAGCAUAUCGCUAUACACACGGGCAUCGGAUUUCUGGAUCAUAUGUUGCAUGCUUUGGCAAAACAUGCUGGUUGGAGUUUGGCAAUCAAUUGCAAGGGAGAUCUACACAUCGAUGAUCACCAUACCGCCGAAGAUGUCUGUAUUGCACUUGGUACCUCAUUUGCAAAAGCCCUCGGGACUCCUAUAGGCAUCGCUCGUUUUGGAUCCGCAUACUGCCCCCUCGACGAGGCACUGUCGCGAGCCGUUGUUGAUAUCUCGAAUCGACCAUUCAGUGUGAUAGAUUUGGGACUUAAGAGAGAGAUGAUUGGAGAUUUGAGCUGUGAAAUGAUACCCCAUUGUUUGCAGAGUUUCGCACAGGGCGCAAGAAUUACAUUACAUGUGGAUUGUUUGAGGGGUGAUAAUGAUCAUCACAGAGCAGAGAGUGCUUUCAAGGCAUUCGCUGUGGCAAUUAGACAGGCGACCUCGAGGGUUGCGGGCAGAGAAGGUGAGGUUCCAAGUACAAAGGGUACUUUGAGUACUUAA